AUGUCAAAACCUAAAAUUCAUGGCCCAUGUGUUCUUGAAGGUUGUGAAUCUCAUGGUCCAUUUAGAAAAUUCCCUGAAGCUGCUAAAUGCAGUUCUAUAAUAAAUAAAACAUAUGAAACUUAUAAUUACCUUCAAGUUGGUGAUCAACUUUGUCAUUUACAUUAUUUAUCAAUUGUGGUGCCAGAUAGAGGUGGAAAAAAUGCUGUUAAAAAACAAAGAUCAAGAGAAUUUGGAGAAAUUCAUAUU